AAGAAUAUGUUGCUUAACCAUUGCGUUGUGGUUCUUCUUUUACCAUGACCUACACAUUCUCCCAUUAACAGCCCUCUUCGCUCUUGAGGAGAAUUCUACCUCCCAAGCUUACCCUUCAACGUGCCAGGUCUUUCCGAGUCGGUGUCCAUGGCUAUUGGUCCCUACAACGCAACCGCGUUGAUCGUAGAUAAUUUGGAUCCGAGUAUCGUUUACUCCAGCUUCUGGUUUCCUCAAGGCAGUGGCAGUGGUCGCCCCAACUUGCCUGCUAGCGUCAUCGGAGGAGACGUAGACCCGGAUUAUAUGCAGAGUGUACAUCUUACACAGACGAACAGUGAAACGGCGAUAUUCUCUUUCAGUGGUACAGGCAUUGAGGUAUUUGGCUCGAUAGGCCCUAAGGAUUGGGGAGGCUUUCCGGUAUCUCGGUAUACCCUGGAGACAAAUCCAACCGUUGACUACAAGGCGACGCCAAAUGACCAGUAUCAGGUCAAUGUUUCAUUCUUCAAGUCACCAAUACUCGAUGACGGACACCACACACUCCUUAUAACUAACCGACCCUGUCAGACCCUCGGACAAAGCUGCAAAUUCCUGCUGGAUUACGUUGUCUAUACCCCAUCAUCAACUGUAUCCGUGUCAUCACUUUCGACGGCCCCCUCCACUUUACCCCCCUCACAAACGGGGACAGACUCUAGUUCGAGUUCAUCGAAAGUAUCUGUCGGCGUGAUUGUGGGACCAGUGAUUGGAGGGAUAGUGUUAUUGUCGUUGAUCGGGACACUUUUCAUUUGGUAUGCACGGAGACUGAGACGACAGUAUGCCACCAAUAGAGUGAACGUUCUUCAACCUGAGCUCCACCGGGAAUCCUCACAAGAAUCCAUAACAGAACGCAACGAUGAUCAUGCAUCAGUUCCCGGGCCCUCGAUUGUCCCAUACACACUCACCCGACAUUCUUCAGGUGCCGCGUUAUCCGAGCUUCCCAAUGUAGCGGGUUUGACUGCUGGAACAUCUACUACACGAGGGCCGAGUAGUAGUCGCAUCUCAAAGGCGAUGUAUCGCGCAGUUAGCGGUACUGAAAAUCCUGCGGACAUUCUUCAGGAUGCACCUCCUGCGUAUACUCCGCGUAAUGCUUCCUAGGUGCUCUAUCCUUGUUGUCGCUGGCCGCAUUCUCGCAUUUACAUUGUGUUUUCAUGCAAUUCAGAUCCCGUUAUGUGGUCUCCGACCGUUUUAUGAGCUGGCAUGUGUUCGAUGAACGACGCUGAUAAGAUUUCGAGCUUGUCCAACAAAGCAAAAUCACGAUUUGUGCGAUGGCCAUUGCUGGCACGUAGCCUGCAGAGGUUCUAUGCGAUAGAGCAUUAUAAUCAUUCUCUCUAAGCCAUUUGCGAUCCACAGCCAUUCUGGAAACUGAAGGUCUUGGUCAUCCGUCUUUGGUAGCGCCAUAGCCUCCGCUAACGUACUUAAAGACACUCGCCAAAACCGUCCGCCGAAUAUGUACAUUUUGUGCAAGCUGCGAAAUCUGCUAUUACUUACAUUUAUUGCGCCCUUCUACCUAAUUUUUCAAAACUGCACCCUAGGAUUCACAAGCAUCAUACUAUGCAUAGAAUGACUUCCUUGCAUGCAUUCCCGCUCUAUUGCUGUAAUACGUUUGGGGUUAACUGGAUUGCGAAGGACAGGGAUUGUGCGCCAGACCU